AUGUCACGAGAAGAGCUCUUUCUGGGCUUCGCCAACUAUUACCGGAUCUUCAUCCCCGACUAUGCCAAGAUCACGCAGUCUCUGGAUGCCCUGCUUAAGAAAGGAACUGCCUUUCAUUGGGGACGAGCGGAGAACGAGGCGUUUCAGGAGCUGAAGCGACGAUUUUGCGAGUCACCGGUGCUCAAGCAGUGGGACCCGAGCCUCCCGACCUUUUUGGAGACGGAUUGCUCAGGCUACGCAUUGGGAGGCGUCCUGUCGCAGGAAGGCCCAGAUGGACGUCGACACGCAUGCGCCUUCUUCUCGAAGCGACUUUCGCCAGCGGAGUACAACUAUCCCAUUCACGACAAGGAGAUGCUUGCCAUCAUGAGAUGUCUCGACAACUGGAACGCCGAACUUAGGAGCUGCGGCCCAUUUACAAUCCUUACCGAUCACCGCAACCUGGAGCACACAUCUGGCGCCAGUCGAAAGGGAUUUCUCAAGCCUCUGCCGAUUCCAGAUCGACCCCGAAGCCAUUUGUCCAUGGACUUCAUCACAGAUCUGCCGCCUACUGGACCGAGCAAGGCAAGGUACCUGUGGGUGAUUGUGGACAGACUGACAAAGGCUGUGACCCUCGAGGUGAUGGACAACAUGGAAGCUGAGCAGUGUGCAAACCGUUUUCUCCAGUGUCAUUACCGAUUUCACGGAAUGCCACGGUCCAUCGUCAGCGACCGCGGGAGCAACUGGCUAAGUAGGUUCUGGAAGAGGUUCUGCCGUCUUGCAGGUGUCACGCAGAAAUUGAGCACGGCCUAUCAUCCUCAGACGGACGGAGGGCCAGAGAGAAUGAACCAGGAGAUCGAGGCCUACCUGAGAGCCUACGUGUCGUACGUGCAGGACGACUGA